AUGACUACCAUUCCAUACGACGCUAUCCUGUCCUCAGGUAUGUUCAAGUGCCUGAUAGGACCCGACAAAGCCGAGUUCAUCAUCCACAGCGGCCUUCUCGCCUCCCAAUCCAAGGUCCUCGAUCGGCUGGUAUAUGGCCAGAUGAAGGAGGCCCUCGAGGGCGAGGUCCACUGGGCCGAGGUAGAUACCGACACGUUCAUCCGAUUCAGCCAGUUCGCAUACACUGGCGACUACUACGAAGCCAAGUUCCAGCCCCGACAGGGUUCCGAGUCUUCGGCCGCGGCCAGCCAAACCUCAACCCCCCCAUCGCCGCACCCGACCCAAGUCCCGAUGUACAUAACCGAGGAGCCAAGCAUCGUUUUCCCGACUUACGUGCGCUCAGUUUCACCGGUCAACUCAGCAACCAGGGCUCCAACUCCAAGAUCGUGGUCUGGGAGAAAGAGAGUGGAGGAGACUGCCCUGAAAGAGAAGAAGUUUUUCCUCUGGGCCAAAUUCAAGUCCCUUCAUGCGGACACGGGUCUUGAAGGACCAAUCCCAACAAAUUCGUCUAGCGAUGAUACAACAGAGCUGCUGCUGAGCCAUGCCCGGGUAUAUGUCUUCGCCGAGUGCUAUGAUAUAGCGCCUCUGAGCCUGCUGUCGCUACGAAAGCUGAGGCAGACAUUGGAGCAUUUUCAGAUGUAUGAUGAGGCUGUAUUCGAUGUGAUCCAGCUAAUCAACUACUGUUAUGAGAACACUAUAGCCCGUGAUGGGGUGGAGGACCUGAGAUCUCUGCUGUGUAUGUUUGCGGCUUGUCAUCUGGAGAAGCUCUGGAGCAACAAGGAGUUUCAAGAACUGGUUCGGACUUGUGGGGAGUUCUCUCAAGGACUCAUCACCCAGCUGCUGAAUCGGUUAGAUUGA